AUGCGAUCCUGGACGACACGAUGGCUUUCACGGGCGCUGCACCAAAAUUGGCAAGCUGCAAACGCAACUGCGGAAAACAAACCUCGUACCUACUCGCGCUUUAUCUCCGUCGUCAGUGGCUUUCCAAAGAACCUUGCCCAGUCCAAGUACAAGCCUGGGAAGAUGGGAGAUGAUGCGUGGUUUAUCGCUAACACCAAAACAGCCGACGUCCUGGGUGUCGCUGAUGGGGUCGGCGGAUGGCGCAGUUAUGGAAUUGAUCCGGGCGAGUUUGCGAUGGUGCUAAUGAGGAAUUGUGAGCGACUGGUCAAGUUUUCCCGCUUCGAUCCGAUCAAACCAGUGAAUCUGAUUGCGUCCGGGUUUCGGGAACUGCAGGACAACCGAAAAUGUAUCCUAGGUAGCAGCACAGCCUGCAUAGUGGUGUUUAACCGUGAAGACAGUAGCAUUUACACGGCCAACAUUGGCGACAGUGGCUUCAUCAUAGUACGGAAGGGUGAAAUAGUGCAUCGAAGCGAGGAGCAGCAGCAUUACUUCAACACACCCUUCCAGCUCUCCUUACCCCCGCCCGGUCAUACCGAUGUGCUGAGUGAUAGGCCCGAGUCGGCCAAUACCACCACCUUUCCAGUGUGCAACGGGGACGUCAUCCUCGUCGCGACGGACGGUGUGUUUGAUAAUGUACCGAUCAAGCUGCUAGUCGACACUCUACAACGGGUGGAAGGUGAGAACGACCAAGUUAAGCUACAAAUGUGUGCAAAUUCGAUCGCUCUUAUGGCACGAUCGUUAUCCUUCGACAGCAAGUUUCUAUCACCUUUUUCCCUAAACGCUAGGAGAAACAAUAUUAAUGCAAUGGGUGGAAAACCGGACGAUAUAACCGUAGUUUUAGCGACCGUGGCGCUGUAA